GUCAAAUUCGUCGGUCUUUUUGUUAUAUGUGUGGUCGGCGUUCAGACAAUCGCCGAUUUGUGGGAACUCUACGGCAAUCUCUCGAAUCCGUUAUCACUUGUGGUGAAGCAUCUGUUGGCCAGAAGCCUAUGUCUGAUAGCAAUACCGCUAAUACUUUAUAUGACAUUCUUUUGGAUUCAUCUGAAAGUGUUAUAUAAGUCGGGAAACGGCGACGGAUUCUUCAGUUCGGCCUUUCAGUCACAACUUGAGGGCAAUUCUCUAUACAACGCAUCGAUGCCUCGAUAUAUCGCUUACGGCGCUGUCGUCACACUGAAGAACCACCGGACAGGCGGUGGAUAUCUUCACUCCCAUUGGCAUCUCUAUCCCGAGACUGUGGGCGCAAAACAACAACAGGUGACCACAUAUUCGCAUAAAGACGACAACAAUAAGUGGCGAAUCAAGAAAUACGAUAAGGAGUCCAAUGCCGACGAUAGAGACAUUGAGUUCGUUAAGAACGGAGAUCUGAUCCGUUUGGAACAUUUGGUCACCACUCGCAACCUUCACAGCCAUAAAGAGUUAGCGCCCGUCACUAAGAAACACUUCCAGGUGACCUGUUAUGGUGACAAUGGGACGGGAGAUGCGAACGAUGUGUUCAAAAUCGAGAUAACAGGCGGUCGAGAGGAACAGAUGGUGGAAACGGUGACGAGUAAAGUAAAACUGGUUCACUAUUUGAUGAAUUGUGCGCUUCAUUCGCAUUCAAAGCAAUUGCCGAAAUGGGGUUUCGAGCAAAUGGAGGUCUCGUGCUCUCCGAACCUCUUGAACGCCAACAUCUUCUGGAACUUCGAAGACAAUCACUUCCCGCGUCUGCCAAACGUGAGCUUUGAAGUGUACGCGCCGUCCUUUUGGGAGCGCUUCACGGAAUCGCAUGCCGUUAUGUUUCAGGGAAACGCUGGCCUCAAACCCAAGGAGGGAGAGGUCACGUCCCGGCCCUGGCAGUGGCCCAUCAACUAUAAGGGCCAAUUCUUUUCUGGCAAUGAAUAUCGUAUAUAUUUAUUGGGAAAUCCAAUCAUUUGGUGGACAAACUUUUCGCUCGUAUUUAUUUACGGUUUUGUCCAAUUUGUUAUUGCCGUUCGGCGACAACGCGGUUGUCCUGAGGCCGAAGAGAUCGGCCAACACAACACUCGCCUAACGAGAGCAGCCGUUUGGCUGUUUAUUGGUUGGGCUCUUCAUUACAUCCCAUUCUACUCAAUGGGACGAGUCUUGUAUUUUCACCACUACUUCCCGGCCUCUCUCUUCAGUUCAAUGCUGUCGGCAGUGAUUAUUGACUAUAUAUUUAGAGUGAUUCCGCAGCUGUUGUCGCCAUCGCUGGCGCCCACUAUCUAUCACUUCUCAUAUGGCAUUCUUCUGUCGGCUCUCGUCUAUAGUUUUUAUCUGUUUUAUCCGUUGAGUUACGGUAUGUCUGGCCCUCACUCUCAUGAAAACAACAGCACAAUGUAUGGACUCAAAUGGCUCGAGUCCUGGGAGUUCUGA